AUGGACCUCAACUUCCGAGCACAGUUCGUGAUCGCACGCCCGACACAACGAUUCUUGAAGGUGCUGGCCACCGUCCCCGACGUGUUCAUCAGGGGCGCGGAGGAGUUGAAACACACCAUUUCAACUACGUGUGACACCGUGAGGAGGUGUUUUAGGAGCAGGGGGCUUCUGGUUCCGCCGUGGAGGAAGAACCGGUUCAUGCAAAACAAGUGGUUGGGGCCUUGUCGCCGAACCGUGAGAGAUACUUCCAUGGGAUUUAACGGUGGUGUUAGUUGUAGGGUGGUGGGGUUCGACAACGUCGUUUCAGAAGCGGGAAGUGGCAGUAGCAGUGGCGUUGUUGUUCGUACGAGAUGA